UCCGCCGCUGCCGCCCGUGCAGGAGGGCGACUGUGAGCCUCGCAGUUUGCAGCAGAGCCCCGCCGUCUCCGCUCGUCGCCGGGGAGGGAGGGCAAGUCGCCGCGCACCCCCCCCCCCCAUCAUCCCCACCCCCGACACGGGAGAGCAUGCAGCCGGCUCGCCAGUGAAGCUGGCCCUCGCCUGCCGCUUGGACUGAAUGACGGGGCGGGCGUCGCUUUGAAGGAUGUGGCGGCGGUUGUGAGGGGCAACCGGUUGCGAGGGGUGGGUGCACAAGGGGGAAGGGACCUCUCGGUGCGGUCUCCCUCUCUUUUGUGUGAGUGUGUCUGUGUCUUCCCAACGCCCUCCCACCCCUCACUGGCAGUGCAGAGGGAGAUGGGCUCUCGGCGGCGGCUGCUGCUACCGCACUGAAAGGAUGUGGCGCUUCCCCCUCAAGAAGAUCCGCAAACAGUUCAAACUGCUUCUGCUGCUCGUCCUGCUCACGUUUGGCAUCUGGUUCACAUACCUGCACAUCGCGGUGCUCAAGAGUGGCAGAGCACUCAAGCUGCACCUCGCCUACGGACGCGAUGCAGAGAAGCUGAAUGAAGCCACUGACACUGGCAGGAGAGCUGGCUCCAUCCAUGCUGCGUCCGACAAAAGGAAGAUUGACGACUCCAGUGACAGUCAGGAAGAAGAACAGAUGCUGGACACAUCGAGCAAAGAUGGUAGAUCUUCCCAAGGUGAGCUUCAUGGUUAUCCAAGAGGAUCCAGACAGAUUUUGAACUUGACGCAAGUAUGUUUGCCAUGGAAACCAGAGUACAAAGGCAAAGUAAACCUUCAUGUUUUUGAGGACUGGUGUGGCUCUUCAAUUUAUCAGCUUCGGAAGAACAUUCAUUUUCCACUAUAUCCUCAUACACGUACCUCAGUGAAUAAAAUUGCUGUUUCUCCAAAAUGGAAGAAUUAUGGGCUUCGGAUAUUUGGCUAUAUACACCCCUACAAAGAUGGUGAUUUCCAGUUUGCAAUUGCAUCUGAUGAUAACUCCGAGUUUUGGCUCAGUUCUGAUGAGAGUCCUGCAAACGCCAGACUGCUGAUACAUGUAGGCAAGCUGGGUACAGAGUGGGCUGCUCCAGGCGAGUUCACUAAAUUCAGAUCUCAAGUUUCCAAUCCAGUCCAUGUUAUUUCUGCACGAAGAUACUAUUUUGAGGUGCUUCACAAACAGGAUGAUAAAGGAUCUGAUCACGUAGAAGUUGGGUGGCGGCCGUUUCUUCCUGGCGUGAAAUUCGAAAUUAUCGAUUCACCGCACAUCUCCCUGUACACAGAGGAAACAUCACUGAAGAUGAACAGUGUUGAUCACAUUCCACAAACCCUCGCAAGUCACGGAGGAGGUCGAAAGCUGCUGCACAGGGAGCUGCACGCAGCAGACAUGCUCAAGCCCGAUCCCAGGGACACUUUCUUCCUGACUCCACCAAUAGAUCCAUUACGGGUGCAACACGUUCUCCCAACCUGUCUCUACUUACCAACUUACAUCGUGAAGGACUUUCCAAUUGCCCGUUACCAAGGACUCCAGUUUGUCUACCUGUCUUUUGUCUACCCGAAUGACUUCACCAGGCUCACUCACAUGGAAACAGAAAAUAAAUGCUUCUACCGAGAGAGCCCCUUGUACUUGGAGAAGUUUGGAUUCUACAAGUAUAUGAAGAUGGAUGAGGAGGAGAACAAACCUUUCUUGUUUGAUAACCCAGAGGAUUUCCCGGAAGAGUCGGAAGGAGUCGAUACAGAAUCCAUACGAAGCAGCACCAAGGUGACGAGGAACAAGGAGGACAUCAAGGAACGAGAAAACAGCAGCCUGUUUCAGAAUCAGUCGGCAGCAAAGAAGAAGCCCCUGCCGCUGGCUGGAAACAAUAGGGAUGACUUUGACUACGUGGUCAGCCACGAGAGAAAGAUCAUGACCAAGGAGUUCCACAUCAUGAAACCACAGCAGAAGACCUUGCGUCCAAUUCCUCAGGAAAAGGAUGCCUCGCCAUCGGCUGCGGUCUACGGCAGUCAGGAAAUGGGCCUCUUCCGCAAACCGCAACACAGACAAAGCAGGUCACUAACCUGGGCUAAAUUCAACCCGGAAGAGUCGAAUAAAAAGCCAGCCAGCCAGUCCAAACUCGGUAAGAGUAGCUUGUUCGACUUGCAGCCGGAGAUUUCCUUUCCACUCAUCCCCAGUAAAACCAAACAAUUUUUAAGUAACUCUGCUAAUGCAGGCAUCCGUAAAAAGAGACUUGGCGAGCCCAAGAAGCUGCAGAAUAAAAUCUAUGUGACCAGACCCCAGGAGAAGAAGAAAAAGACAUUGUUUACGGAAAAGCCCAGGGAAUUGUUCCCUGGAGUGUACCUGCACACCAAUGCCAAGAAUAGUGAACUGCAAGACCUGGGCCCAAAAAAGAAAGAGAGGAACUUGACUUCCAUCGCAAAAGGGAAAAAGGCAUCACUGUACCUCACUAAUAAAAUGUUUUGGUUAAGGAACACAACAUCUCAGGAGCAGGAGGUGCAAGAUGCUAAUAAUGAUUCCUUUCAGGUGACAACAAUUAAAAAGGUGGUGAAGAACUGGAAGGCACUGCAGAGAAAAUGGGAACAGAAUAAGGAGGACAGACGCAACGUGACUGCAACACCUCAUGUAUACUUUACGAGCGAGGAGGUGGUGAGCAAGGAAGAUAUUGCCCUUCACAAAAAAGCACACGAGCUUAAACCAACAGCCAUUGGUCCUGAAAAUCUUGCGGAAGAGACAACCUACUGGAAGGCUGGUGACUUGAGCGAAUCCCAGCAAAUUUACGCGGACCAGUUUGAGGUAACUGAUGAAGGACUGUCGGAUUACAGUUAUGAGGACACUGAGCUGCAGCAAGGUUGGAUGGAGGAAUCCAUAAACUGGCAGCGAACGUUCAGUGUCAGCUCCAUGGAUUUUGAGCUCCUGCGGUCAGACUGGAAUGAUCUCAGGUGCAAUGUUUCUGGCAACCUGCAAAUGAGUGAGGGUGAGGUGGUGGAUGUCCUAGCGCAGUACAUGGAGAAGCUGAAUGAAAAAAAUGGAGGGAUUUACACACUGCUGCGGAUCAUUAAUGUGGAAAAGCGGAGGGAUUCUGCUCGUGGUAAUAGAUAUCUCAUUGAACUCGAGCUGAUGGAGAAGGGAAAGAAAGUGGUCCGUUUGACGGAGUACAUCUACCUCUUGCUGCACAGAAGCAAACAAGAUGAUGGGAUUGAAGUAACAACAGAACUGCAAGAUAAGGAGCCCACCCUGCAGAGUGGUCCAUAUUCCAAACCUCUCCUGUGCCAACCAGUUGGAUUGCACAUGAGAUCUAAUGUCAUGGUGCACUUUGUAGUUCCAGUAAAGAACCAGGCGCGUUGGGUGCAGCAGUUCAUUACAGAUAUGGAAGAUCUCUACAAGACAACAAAAGAUGAAAACUUCAACGUUAUCAUCAUUGACUUUGACAGUAGUGACAUGGAUGUGGAGGAGGCCUUGAAGAACAGCAAACUUCCUCGGUAUCAAUAUUUGAAGCGCACAGGGAGCUUUGAGCGCUCAGCUGGGCUUCAGGCAGGAGCAGAUGCAAUAGAGGACAGUCAUACAAUUCUUUUCCUAUGCGAUCUUCACAUCCACUUCCCUAUCAGUAUCAUAGACAACAUCAGAAAACACUGUAUAGAAGGAAAACUGGCAUAUGCCCCCAUAGUGAUGCGACUAGGCUGUGGCAGCUCUCCCAGCGAACCUGACGGGUACUGGGAAGUGAAUGGAUUUGGUCUGUUUGGAAUCUUCAAAAGUGACUUUGACAAGAUCGGAGGAAUGAACACGGAGGAAUUCCGGGAUCGUUGGGGUGGAGAAGAUUGGGAGCUACUGGACAGGGUUCUUCAGAGUGGCCUUGAGGUAGAACGAUUGCGCCUCAGGAACUUCUACCAUUAUUUUCACUCCAAGAGAGGGAUGUGGGUUUCUCAGGCCAAGAAAACAUCUAAUGAACCAAAUGAAGGUUGAAACUUUCUCUAUGCACUUUAAAAAAAAAGAGGACGCAUGCUCCACAGGCAAUCCAGCCGACUACCAAGCCAUGUGGGGGAAUUUUUUUUUUGACAAGAUAUUUGUUUCAUUCUAAUCACAUUUUUCUAAAUCUUGUUCAUUUCACUCUCAUCGGCAUUUCCAAAAUUUUUGUGUUUUAGCUGCUGGUUAGUGCACGAUUAGUAAAGAAACUGACGGAAGCCAGAAAAAAAAGUCAAGAACUUCAAGACUGAACAUUGGAAACUUUAGCAAUUAAGACAUUCUGGUCUCAGUUAUCAUCUUGGACGUUUUGACACCUCUUUGCCACAAGAUCUUGUAGCUUAUGGACAUUUGCGUGGCCCAGCCCGUGGCCCAUUCAAUCGCUGUUGUUUUGUUCUCCCAUUGUUAAGUCACUACAAGCUUAGUAUGUCCUAUAUUUAUCAGUAAUAAUAAUCACACCAGACUACCACCACCUGCAUCCCCAAACCGCAGCCCCCACCCCCCACAAUUUUAUUGUUCAUUCCAUUCCAGUCUCUUGGAUUACAAUUAUACAUGUCAGGGAUCCCUGAGCAUUUGGUCUUCCUCUCCAGCCCAAGAAAACCAGCGCUAGCCUUUGAGCACCACCCCACCCCCAACAGAAAAAUACACACAGAUAUAUGUACUUCUUGGACCCAACUUGCUGGAAAAGUUUACCCAAGGAACACUGACAUCAACUGUCCUAGGUUUUCUGCAGCUGAUCCAAAUGUUUCCUCCAUUGAUGUAUGUGUAUGUUUUACUCUGAAGGAACUCUGUGCACUCAGUUAAGCUGGCCACUUCAAGUCCAGCCAAAUGAAGCCUUAUUCCGAAGGGUGACCUGGCCUGGAGAGUGUUCACCAUUUUGGUUAUUACAAAAGUACAGCCUAGAAACAGCACUGAAUGUUCAGUCCCCAGCAAGCACACAGAAACGCCACUGAAACUGGGUUUUAGGGAUUACACCCGUUGAGUGGUUAUCUGCUGUGACAGGCAAAGAAAGACUAAAACUAAAUGAAGACUGAUGCCGUGGACUUUUUUUUCCCCAAAAGCAGGAUCAGUUCUGUGGCAACUUUAAAAAUGGAAAUGCAGCUUCUUCUGUGAUAUGUCACCUCCCUUGACAAUGAUCAAAAUAUAUGGAAAGCAAUUUUGUCUUUUUCUUACUUUUACUGUUAUCCCUUGAGUGAGAUUGUACGACACACUGAGUUUUUUUAGAACUAAUUAAAAUUUAAUUUUAAUUCAUAGUGUUUAAAACCAAACCAUUGAAACUAAAUCAGUAAUGUUAAACUCAUUGUAUUGAGAAUUUGGUGAAAAAUUUUAGGAUGUUUUUAGAAUGAUAUAGUCUGAAUUUAUGACAUGAAAAUUGAGUUUUAAUCUACAUUGCUAGGUAGGAAUGUUGCUGUUUGAUAUUAUCAGAAGAUUUUAUUGUUUACAAAAUGUACUCCAGGAAAGAGAACUUGCUUUUUUUUUAAAUAAUGUAUUCUAGAUCUUUUUUAAAAUGUUAUUUAUUCAGGUGACAGUAUUCUGAUUGAAACAUGAUGUCCAAAAUGGUUUCUCCUGUCACAGGAGAAUCAGAGACUAAAGUAAAACUGAAUUAUAUAAUGAAAAUGCUGAAUCUGAAAAAUUCAUUUCAUCUUAGUCUUUGUGUUUUACACUGGCUGGCAGAUAGCAGAAGAAAUAUUAUUAGGUUUCCCCACUGGCUUUGGUUGAUGAGCGCCAAUCAGGCCAUGAUAAUCUGAAUUUCUGAUAACAUUUGGGUGCCAGUUGGGCACUAAGAAAAAGCUUUGGUUGGGUGACCUGUGUACGUGCAUCUAGUUUGGAAUAAAAUUGAAAAGAAAACAUUCCUUUUUCAAUAU